UUGGAUGCGAGUGAAGGUGUGGAGAGAUGCUGCUGCCGCCGCGCCGCUCUUGACUCACACGGCCCGAGCAUCACACGCCUCAGCGGGUAGAUGCCAACUCUCCAGGCCGAGGAAGAGACGGGGGAGCCUGGGGGAAGGUGUCGGGCGGUGCCGGCGGUCCUGGAAGUGGCUACCUAGCCGGAGUGGAGGAGUGAGAAGGCAAGACGAGGAAGAGAGAGGGGGAAGAAGACGGAGGGGAGAGACCGAGAAAGGAAGAGACUAAAUGGCUACACUGCUACCGGGCUUCGCCAAGCUCUCGCCUCUGGUACUUCACCUGCUUCUCCUCGGCUCUUUGUUCGCCCUCACCCCGCCGACGGCGCAUGCAGCGGGGGCUUCCGACCUGUGGACCCCGGGCCCCCGCCUUCGGGAUGCCGGUAAAGCGAGCGAGUGUACGUGCGAGCCAGCAUGGGAGUCGCCGGAGGACAGCCGGGAUCUACCCGCCCGCAGGUGGAGCGACGAGCGGACACAGCGUGAGGGAUGCUCCGGAGCGCGGCGCGGAGGGAUGCCGGGGGCACGAAAGGGGACACCGGAAGGAUUCGGGACGUUUAGGAGGAGCGGGGACGAGCUACCGCCUCCUCCCCUCCCCGGUGUUGUCAGUGCGGGGAAGAAGGGCGUUGUUCCGCCCGCCACCUCGGAAGCUUUCAGCUCCUCGCCGGUUCAGAGCGGCAAAAAACGGACAGUACAAAGAACUAGAGUGAGCGCGCUGCCCCGGCCACACCUUACUAAACGUGGAGCCCACAGCGCCUUUGUGCGAGCAUUUAGCCGGAGCAAGGCACCCGGAAGUAGAGGGAGAAUCAAUGGAGGUCUGUGGGAGGAAGCUGGUGAGCUCAGCAGGCACUGUAAGGAUUUAAAAUUAUCACCAGAAGCAACGUAUUUUCCUGGAUAUAAUUCAGCUUCUUAUCAAAAAUAUAAAUCACAUCUUAAUAUUUGUAUGUUGGUCCAAGCAUUUUGUCAGAGUUACCAGAACAAGAAUAGUAAUGAUGGUGCUCGGAGCUCAACUAGCAUGGUCAGGAGAAGAGCUGGUAAUCGUUCUCAUUUGGGCAGGCACCGUGUUAUCGGACCACGCAGCAUCCGAGAGGGGGGCGAG